AUGGAGGGACGUUGUGCGCGCACGCCCCUGCUGGAGUGCGGGGAAUAUGCGCACGGGCACAAGACGACGGCGCCGAGAUGUUGCUUCUGGCUCGCGAGUCACGUCAACGUGAGGAAAUGCGUGGCUGGAGUCAUGCUGCUCUCUGUGCUCACCAUCUUCUUCUACACUUAUUAUGUGACGGCGCCUUUGACCAGUCUCGUGUGGCGCGACCGGAUCCCCAGACCGUUGUCCCAGUGCUCCCUUCUCGCGUCGCAACAACAAACAGCCCGCGAUCAUCGCUCGGACGCUCGUCUGCGGAUCGACGCGAAGGUGCUGGUCAUAGCAGAGUCUCUCUACUCGAGACUUGGAAGGGAUAUUGCUGAGCUGCUAGUGGCUAAUCGGAUACGAUACAAGGUGGAAGUCGCAGGCAAAAGUCUGCCCGUGCUCACCACGCUGGACAAGGGCCGCUACGGCGUAAUUGUGUUCGAGUCUCUGUCGAAAUACGCGAACAUGGACAAGUGGAAUCGAGAACUUCUCGACAAGUACUGUCGUGAAUACUCGGUAGGGGUAGUUGGGUUCGCCACGCCCGGCGAGGAGACAUUAGUAGGGGCACAGCUAAAAGGAUUCCCACUCUUCAUGCAUACCAAUCUCAGGCUUAAGGAUGCAUCUUUGAAUCCGGCGUCACCAGUUCUUCGAUUAUCCCGUGCUGGUGAGACAGCUUGGGGUUCUCUGCCGGGAGACCAUUGGACUGUGUUCAGACCAAAUAGCUCUACUUACGAGCCAGUUGCGUGGGCGUUACGGGAGAACGAAUAUGGAACCAAUGAAGACCGCAUACCGCUCGCCACAGUCAUGCAAGACCACGGCCGUUUGGACGGCGUCCAAAGAGUGCUAUUCGGGUCUGGCCUGCAGUUCUGGCUGCAUCGGCUGCUGUUCCUCGAUGCGUUGAGCUACCUGAGCCAUGGGCAGCUCAGCUUGAGCCUUGACAGGUGGAUACUGGUGGACAUUGACGACAUAUUCGUGGGGGAAAGAGGGACAAGAUUGCACGAAGAAGAUGUCUCAGCGCUAAUGGCUUCUCAGGUGGCACUGCAGCGGCUGGUGCCAGGCUUCAGGUUCAACCUGGGUUUCAGUGCGAAGUACUACCACCACGGGACUGUUCUGGAAAAUCGCGGAGACGACGCCCUUUUGAAGAAUAGAGAGUACUUUAACUGGUUUUGCCACAUGUGGAACCACCAGCAGCCGCAUCUAUACAGCAACGUGUCGCAAUUGGAGGCAGAGAUGAUGCUGAACAAACAAUUCGCUAUGGAGCAUGGCAUUCCCACCAAUUCGUGUUACUCAGUGUCGCCCCACCAUUCCGGGGUGUAUCCAGUCCACGAGCCGCUGUACGAAGCGUGGAGGAAGGUCUGGGAUGUAAAAGUAACGAGUACUGAGGAAUACCCCCAUUUGAGACCAGCCAGGUUACGACGUGGCUUCAAGCAUCGUGGUGUCAUGGUCUUGCCUCGGCAGACUUGCGGCUUGUUCACUCACACGCUUCUACUCGAGAGGUACCCGGGUGGACGACAGCGGCUGGACAAGUCUAUACAGGGCGGAGAGCUAUUUCAGACAGUCAUUAAUAACCCUAUCAACAUCUUCAUGACGCACAUGUCCAACUACGGCAACGACCGGCUCGCGCUUUACACGUUCGAAUCGGUCGUGAAAUUCCUCCGCUGCUGGACGAACGUGAGGCUCGCUUCCGCGCCGCCGCUGUCUCUAGCUGAGAAGUACUUCCAAUUGAGGCCCGAUGAGCUGAGCCCGUUGUGGGGGAACCCAUGCGACGACCCUCGCCACCAGCGCAUCUGGUCGAAAGCCAAGUGGUGCGACACGCUGCCCAGGGUACUGGUUAUCGGACCACAGAAGACCGGCAGCACAGCGCUGUACACCUUCCUAGCCAUGCAUCCAACGCUAGUGCCCAACCAACCCAGCCCCAUUACUUAUGAAGAACUGCAGUUCUUCAACAAUAACAACUACCUCAAAGGUCUCGACUGGUAUCUGAACUUCUUCCCUCCGAACCAGAGCAACGCUUCGCAGAUCACGUUCGAGAAGUCUGCGACAUACUUCGACGGUGACCUAGUGCCGAGACGGGCGCACGCUCUCUUACCCAAUGCGAAGAUUAUUGCGAUACUAAUCUCGCCCUCCAAGAGAGCGUAUUCGUGGUACCAACAUAUUCGCUCGCACGGUGACCCGAUCGCGAACAACUACACCUUUCACACAAUCAUCACUGCUAAUGAUUCAGCGGCGAAACAGUUACGAGAUUUGAGGAACCGCUGUUUGAACCCGGGCAAGUACAGCCACUACCUAGAGCGAUGGCUCUCGGAGUACAAUUCGCACCAGCUGCACAUCAUCGACGGCUCGCUGCUCCGAUCCGAGCCGGCUGCCAUCAUGAACACGCUGCAGAAGUUCCUCAAGAUAACUCCACACGUCGACUAUAAUAAACUACUCAAGUACGACGCGAAAAAGGGAUUUUUCUGUCAAGCUAUGGGUAACGAGAAGACGAAAUGCCUGGGUAAGUCAAAAGGCAGGGUUUACCCGCCGAUGGAAGACAGGUCCGCCAAGUUCUUGAAGCGAUAUUACACGCCCCAUAAUACCGCUCUCUCCAAGCUCCUGGUGCGUUUAGGCCGACCUGUCCCGCAGUGGCUGAAAGAUGAACUAUCCAACGGAUAG